AAGCAAUCGAACGUGGCUCAUAAAUUUGAAAUAAAAACGGCACGUUGCUGCAAAACUUAAAACGUUCUAUAUACAAUGAUAUAUAUUUCUUAUCAGUCCCAUGUCCAAACAAUGACGAUCUUGAACAUGUAAAAGUUGGAGAUUUAAAUGUUCGCCUGGGUAUACGGUAAGAUUCAAUCAGUUCUGCGCCAUUGGAAAUCACCAGGAUGUUUAAUUCUGUAUGUACACGUAAUCCUUAGAACGAGGUAUGUUUUCAUGGGUAGAGAUGGCAGCUUUUCGUACUUGUGUGCUGCUCUGGGUCUUUGUAGGAGCCAGAGCCGAAAAGACUAUAUUUGACUCGGAUUCUUUAACUGUUGUCGAUCCGUCCACAGUCAACAAUGCAGCGGAUUAUGCAGACCCAGCCAGCUGCGGAAGCAAGCUGUACAGUAUGGCCGCCGAAAAGGAUAAAAACAUGGCGGUGAACAUCAGAGUCGCGGACUUCAACAAAGGAGGUGCUGAUUAUUUCCGCGCGCACCCAUCUGUUACACUAUGUCUACAGAGAGUUUUCUCCAAAGUCUACGAAGUUACAAGGGAAAAACUGAAGAUCGACAUUGGAUAUGAAAAAAUAUCUGCAACAAGCGGCUACACACCUGAUGACAAAAAGAACUACCUGAGCAGUGGCUGUGGAGCCGUCAUUUCCUAUAGAACAUCAGGGGUGAUAAGUGAAAUUACCAAUGCCGCUCUGUCUUUAUGUCCCGUCAUAUUUGAACAAAACCAGAGAGACAUUGGUAUCUACGUAGACUCAUCCUCCGUGUUUCUGUUUAUGACUGGAGACAUUACUUCCACCCCCGUGUAUCAAGGCGGCGGAUUGACCCUAACAAGUGCUCAAGCCUUAGUUAACAAAGGAUUAGUUCCAAAGAGGAUUCCCGACUGCAGCAAAUUCCCUACAGUGACUAGUGGUUCACACUACCCCGCCGGAAAAUCCGACCCCUCAUCUGUAGUAGGGGUAGUAGACGAAGCUGUUCUUCCAAGCAUGGACACUGACGUCAGAAGAUUAGCGCAGUAUAUUGGCACUGACGUGGAUUUCACAGGAUGCAUGGCGUAUCCAGGAAAUGGCUUAUCCAACAGGUGUCCUAUUCGUGUAAUGAGCCCCAGACUGUUCAACGUCCUCCUUAACCUGAAAGCCUACACGAAUAAAGUUGAUUUAGGCGGAACAGGCGGUAAGAUAACUGUUGAGGAAGCUUGGAAUGAGGGAUCGGACCCAGACAGUCUGAGAGCAGAAGGACGUAUGAUUAAAGUCAAGCUAAGUUCCGGAAACAACGCUGCAAAUCUCGAGAAGCUGUCUCGGUUGGCAAUUUGUGCGAAAGCCGACCACGUGUCCAACAUGGGAACUUAUAUCGUGAUAUCGUCGAAAAAAAUGAAAGGAAGAACAGAAUCCUCAAUAAAUUUUCCAAGAGCGACUCUUGUGUCUGUUGAACCACCCGCUUCUAAAACCGAAAUGUACGCCUUGCCGACAGAAAUGGCGGACGAAGAGGAUCAGUACCCGCUUUUUGAUUCUAAUGGAAGGUUAGAUCUUAUAGUAAGUCAAGGCGCUACUCUGUCGAAAUUCAUCGCAAAGGAUACUCAGUUUCGAUACUUACGUCUGGCUCCAGCUAUUGCUCAGUGUUAUUCCAAACUGGUCUACAACGAAAAUAAAUGGCUGAACGCUUCCGAUCCACCAGUUGAUAUUGAAAUUGUACGAGCCUUUAUGUCAAACGAGGAACAGAAAUCGUUGAUUCAAAGUUCUGACGAACGCUACAACACCCACACGUUAGGACAAGCUCUGGAGCUGAGAUACGCCAGCACGGUUGUCAACGGUACAACAGUGUACAAUAAUGUCAGGUUAAUAAAGAAGGUUGUGGACAUCUGUGGACCAGUAUUCAACACAUACGGCUUCAACAUGAACCUUGGAUUGUAUCCAACGUCAGUUUAUGUCAGCAUGGAUGAAGACCAGUUUCUAUUUUGGUCCAACUCCGAAUCUUUAAUCCCACAAGGCUAUACUGAGCAAACGUUCGACCUUUAUCUAGAGGCCCGGAGGGAGUCUGCAUUGCAGUCUAGAAUAGUGGAUCCAGAUGACAUCACAGAGGCGUGCACAGAUCCGGAUGUCCCACAAAGACAACACAUCAAUUACAAAUACAAGGAGCCUAAAGUUAUUCAGAGGAAGAAGAGGAGAAGGAGGCAAACGGCGGAUGCAUGCAUUCCAAGUGACGUAACAGACUUCUGUACCUCCACCCUAAAAAACAGAGAGGUUGUAGUGGAGGAGCUAUGGACUUUAUUGUCUAAAAACAAACACAUCUACCAUGAACCAGAGUCUGAAGUGGAAGAGGCUCUGAAGGGUUGCCUGCUGGCCUGUGGCACGUGCCUGGAAGGGUCUAUUUAUGAGAAGAAAUUAGAGCACUGCAGUAAUCUGAUUCACUGGAUGCCGUUUGACCUUAUGAACAACCAAAAAGAUAUGACAAACUUUUUUGCACGAGACAACAUCGAAACGUUUGCCCUUGCUUGUGAAGGCAGUGGGCAUUGCCUUCUGAGAGCGCCCAUUUUCUCCAUCCUUGCCCCUAGUGUAAAACUCCGAUAUCGGCCAGACCCAGACAGAAGUGUGAUUGAGGAUCUCUACUCCUCCGAGGAGAAUCCCAGUCCCUUGCUCUCACUGCUGGAGGAGCUAUACGCCAUUUCCGCUACAGGAAUCACCAAAUUCUGGGUCAAGGACGAAAAAGAAAUCAGUUCGAUGAAGCUAGCCUUACGGGCGGCGUUGAUGUACAAUCCUGACGUCUCAGAGGUUCAUGUGUACGUCACCAAGGCCAAUAGCAAGUCCCCAGUACAAGGCGAGGUGGAGAAAUAUGUGAAAGAAUUUGCCCAGAGCGGUUGUCCUUCAUAUACCCGAGAAAUUCUAGCACCUUUUCGGAUACUGGAUCCUCCUCACAGUGUGAGGAAAAGAAGUGCUUUUAAUUUACGGAAAGAGAGUGAAGAAAUAAUGACGGCCAGUCUUCGCCGAGAGAUGGACGACUUUGCAAAAGAGGCGCCAUAAAACAAUGUUUUAUCGAACAUUCAAUACUAUUGAUACUUUCUGUGAUCGUUUCAAAUCAUCUGAUGUUACGUGCUCUAGUAGACACUAUCCCAGUUCAAUGUUAAAUAUGUACUGUUUUCUUUCUACAAAUCUGUUUUAUAUUAUCUGUUUUAUUGUUUGAAUCCGUCCAAAUAAAUUUUCCAUAUAUUGAU